AUGGCUGGAGGAAAUUCAACCCUCCCCAUCUGUUUCUUCAAGUUUAUUCUUCAAACCAGUCUUCAAACUAUUAAAAUGCCAAAUAAGUUUACAAGGAGUCUUGGAGCUGGUAUAUCAAAUCCAGUGAUGAUCAAGCCUCCUGAUGGCAGUGCAUGGAAAGUGUUUUGGAGAAACAUCAAUGAGGGAACAUCAGAGUUAGAUGUAGUAAUACUUGGCCAGAAUGCACUUGAAAUUGACUAUGAUUCUAAGUGCGACACUGUUGAUAUUUUGAAUGUUGAUGAUAGUGAUGAUGAAUCAGAUGAGAUUUUGAAUGAAUGGCUUAAUAGGAAGAAGGUUAUACAGAAGUUGCCAUUAGUUUCUACUAGAGCACAUAAAAAAGUUAGAGGUGAGAUUGAGAAGAAUAGUGAAAGAACUUCAUCAUUGAAUAGGCCAAUUGGAGCUAGAGCUCGGGAAGUAGCUGCAAACUUUAUCUCAAGCAAUCCUUUUCUCACAAUUGUGAUCAAGCCUUCUAAUCUGGUAGAAAAACGGCUGGGUGUAUCGAAUUUAAACGGGGUUAUUGAGAACACGAAGAAGAAUGUGAAACUGCAGAUUGGUAGUAGAUCAUGGAAUGUGAAACUGCUCCGGUGCUGUUACAAACAUAAAACUGAGCGUCGCAUUUCGGGUGGUUGGUCGUCUUUUGCAAGGGAAAGUGGAUUGCAACCAGGAGAUAUUUGCAUCUUCGAACUGAUAAACAAGGAAGAUAUAGUUUUUAAAGUUCAUGUUUUCCAAAAGGAUUCUUAA